CCGGCGGAGCCUUCCCGGUCGGCGCCUCGCCCCGAAUUAACUUCCCACGCCGCCUUGCCUGCUCAGCCGCCCCCCCAGGGAACCUCUCCGAUGGCCGGGCAAGCGCAGCAGCUGGGCUGGCUCCGGGGCUGGUGGACUACCGGCGUGUGCUUGGCGGCCCUGGCCUUCCCAGGCCUCUGGGCUCAGAAGGUGCUUGUCAAUGAGACGGUCUCUGGCUUCAUCGGGACCGAUGUGGUCCUUCACUGCAACUUGGUCAAGAUCAAUCACACGAGGAUCACCCAGGUCACCUGGCAGAAGGGCAGUAAUGGCUCCAAGCAAAACGUGGCCAUCUACAACCCUGUCAUGGGGGUCUCCAUCCUGCCCCCCUACGAGGAGAGAGUGGUCUUCCAGAGCCCCUCCAUCACCGAUGGGACCAUCAAGCUGUCCAACCUCCAGUUGGACGAUGAAGGGAUCUACAUCUGUGAGUUUGCCACCUUCCCUACUGGCAACCGGGAAAACCAACUCAAUCUCACCGUAUUGGCCAAACCAGUGAACCGGAUGGAGGGCACCUCCAGACCAUUGAUUGCCAGGGCCGGCAUGACGGAGAAAAUCCUGGUGGCCACCUGCAUAUCCUCCAAUGGGAAACCUCCUAGCACUGUGACCUGGGACACUAAGCUGAAAGGCGAGGCAGAAUUCCAGGAGAUCCGCAAUGAGAAUGGCACCAUCACUGUGAUCAGCCGCUACCGUCUUUUACCAAGCCGAGAGGCCCACCAGCAGCAGCUGAAGUGUGUGGUCAACUACCAGUUUGAGCGUUUUACGCAGAGCAUGACCCUCAACGUGUUGUAUGAACCUGAGGUUAGAAUCGAUGGUUUUGACAGUAACUGGUAUCUCAACCGGAAGGAUGUCAAACUGACAUGUAUAUCUGACGCCAAUCCCCCCGCCAUGGAGUACCAAUGGAAGCUGCUGAAUGGCUCGCUGCCCGACAGUGCCGAAAUUCAAAACAGCACUCUGUUCUUCAAAGGACCGGUCACGUACAGCCUGUCGGCGACAUAUAUAUGUGAAGCCACCAACACCAUCGGCACCCGAUCUGGGCAGGUGGAAGUGAAUGUCACAGAAUUCCCCUACACCCCGUCUCCACCGGGCACAUCCGUGGCACAUCCGACCGUCCCCACUGCCGUGAUUGGGGGCGUGGUGGGCGGAGCCUCGUUGGUCGUAGUGGUGGCCGUGGUCGUCCUUAUGGUGCUCCGCCACCGGCGCCACACUUUCAAGGGCGAUUACAGCACCAAGAAGCACGUCUACGGCAACGGGUACAGCAAGGCGGGCAUCCCCCAGCAUCAUCCACCCAUGGCCCAGAACCUCCAGUAUCCUGACGAUUCAGAUGACGAGAAAAAGCCCGGCCCGCUGGGCAGCAACAGCUACGAGGACGAAGAUGACGAUGGCGCCGGGGCUGAGCGGAAACACCGGUCCUGUCCCAACAAGUAUGAGGAGGACUCCAAGCGGCCUUACUUCACAGUGGACGAGGGCGAAGCCCACUCUGAAGCCUACAACGAACGGACACUUGGAUUCCAGUAUGACCCCGAGCAACUGGACAUAGCCGAUAAUAUGGUCUCUCAGAAUGACGGGUCUUUUAUUUCCAAAAAAGAGUGGUAUGUGUAGCUUGGUCCACCUUCUCCCCUUUCUUGCCCUCUCUUCACCGGCCAUGCCCCAGAGCUGUUGGCCGCUCCGCAGAGCCCGUAUGCCUUGUCACACACCCAGAGCCCCCUGCCCAUCCCAACACACGCACACCCAGAGACAUCCAUCAGCUGGGGAGUGGGACACAGUACAGGGACACUUUGGAAGCCAACGAGAACUUCCAUUACUUUGGGGGCACCCCAGAAGAGGCAAAGCAGGGGAGUUGGGGGCGGGAGGGAUGUUGCUUGGCUUAUGAAUUUAGUUUUCUUUGGGAGAGGAGAGCAAUGUUUCUUCUCCCCUGCUUAAUUUCUCCGACAGAGAUUGGUCCCUUACAGUGUCGUUUGUACUGAUCAGUGGUGGCUUUGAUGUUAAUACUUUAAUUAUUAUUGCCUGUCUUUGUAUAGUAUACCGAUCCCACCCCAUCUACACCUCCGGUGUCUCUUGGUCAGCCUGUAGGCUUCUCACCCUCUCCCACCCCUUUCAGAAACACUGGAGUUUGUUUAUGGUCUUAACUUUGGGGAGGAAAGAGGGCCAAAGGCACACACACACACCCCCGCGGACUUUGGAAGGCAAGGUGGGGCUGGGGGCUGCCGAAACCGAAAGCACAAACGCGCAGAAUCGGGGCCAAGAGCUUUGCUCCUUUCCGAAUCUCCUGGAUCUCUGUGCCUGUAUCUUCCUUUCAGCCUCUUUGGUGGCCAUUUCCCACAAUGCACUUGUGGAAAGAGAAGGAUCACCUGCCUUUAUCCAUGGCCACCAAAACAAAAACAAAAAAAGACUCAGCUUCAUCUUCAGAAGAACAUUUGGGGAAAGAACGAAGCAAACAAGAGUGCAUGAUAUCCAGGAAGGAGAAGUAUAAUAAGUGUGGGUCUUUUUUGUUGUUGUUGUUUUGUUCUUAAUUAUGAUUUUAAGAGAGAGGUUCAGGGUCUAUCAACAUUUGCAUGCCACGUUAUCUCUUUUUUUCUCUCCUCCCCCCCAUUUGCUCCUGGACCCAACAUCUUUGUUGAUGAGGAUCCUUUUAGAGUCACUUAACCAAGUCCAUUCAUACCUGUUUGUCAUUCCUGGAAAUGUCAGUUAGUGAACAGGCAAACCAGAAGAAGCUUGUUCUGCUUCGUCAAGUCUCAGUGUUUAACAUUAGAAGUCUACAAGGUUACUGGCGAAGCUUUACAGGCUGAACACCAGCUUUGUAUGCAUACAGGAGGCUCCAAGUCCAGUCACUGACUUCCAAUUAAAUAGCCUGAAGGGGGAAGCAAAUAGAGAUGUGUGUGAAACUAGAAAAAUGUGUUUUUGUUUGGGGCUGGAAUCCAAACUACUCUGUUGGAACACUUUUGAGUUGGCCUGUAUGUUUUUUGGAACAAAACUGGAAAUGGCUUGAACGUUCCAACACAACUAAACUUGGGGGGGGGGGAGUGUUCUCUUUGUUGGGGCAAAACGUGAACUAUUUUAUGUGGUUGACCAUCAGAAAGAGGGGGACCCCCAGCUGCUCCUUUGGUUUUCAUUCCAGGACCACAAAAAUAAGUGGGUGUGUGGCCCAUGCAGAAUGCUAUCUACUACCCUGGUCGUAGAAAAAUUAGCUAUGGGCAUGAAUUUUUAAAACUUCUUUGAAGGUAUUGAAAUAAAUCCCAAAGGGGGGGGGGAUGGAAAUAAAGCUUAGCUUUCACCAAAUGGAACAACUUUUGGAAUUAGCAUCUCUUAUCAACAGUGGCCCUCCCUUCCCCAACACACACACACACACACACACACAGAGGGAGAGAGAGAGAGAGAGAGAGAGAGAGAGAGAGAGA